AUGGGCCGCGUCCAACUCUACUGUCCCUCCAACAAGCAAACCGUCGAUGGCUUCGUCAUUGGCGCAUACCAGAAGCCUGAGCAGGUGCUUCAGGGCGUACGACUAGCACUCGGUAUCAAGCACGCUGCACUCUACACGGUCGAUGCAAAAGCAGUCGGGGAUCCGCAUUCGCUGCAAGAAGACCAGCGCGUCCUUGUUGCUGCACGCGAGACGGAGAAGAUGCUGCCGGAUGCGCCGUACGGCCAUGUGUUGUAUGACGGUGAGGAAGGCGAGGAUGUGGGGCCUGAUGCUGAGGGUUGUGGACAGGAGUGGGACGAUCUAUCAGACUAUGAGAAGUGCGCACAUAUCUGGAGUCUGAAUGAGGUUAAGCCUACGACGAGGAAUAAGCUACGAAUUACGCGACCGUACAUGUCUGUUCAAGCAGAUAUUGAUGCUUUGAGCUCCCCCACAUCAUCCACGCUACCUAUUGACCACGAACUCGCCAUUGAAGAGUGCUGGGGUAUUACUAUCGAGCACUUUCUUCCCUCGAGCAUGAAGCCCCCGUCCUCAAAGUUCAGCAGUAAGACAUGUGACACGUCUACGCUUGCUGCCCUGUCCAUCUUCAGCAGUUUCACACAUGGUCAAGCACGACUCGCACUUGACGUUCUGGAAGACGCUGUUGCACUGCGGACGGAGGAGGAUCAGGGCGACGACAAGGACCCCGUAGUGCGCGAGCAGGAUGUGCUGAAUGCGAUUACGAUGGUGUAUGAGCGAGCUGGUGUACUUCCGGCAAAGCUAACGAAGGUCAAGACUGAGAAGGCGAGGAGGAAAGACGGGAGGAAGGCAGCUAAGGGUAAGCGGAAGACUGCUAACGGUGGGCUUUGA